AGCGGGCGGUUAAUGAUUUAAUCACCCGCUCCGAGAGGGGGAGCGCGAUCGGUCGCCUGUAGCUCCGCCCCCUCCCCGGAGCGCCCUCCGUCCGGGGGCACAAAACUGCCCCCCACCAGCCCCGGGCGCGUCCCGGGUGAGCCGCUCUGCGCGCCGGGCCGCCGCGGCCCUGUGAUCUUCUCCUCAUUGCCCCUUCUGGCUGCCGGACUUCACCUCUGACCCCCCCGGAUCCACCUCCGCCGGACUUCACCUCUGAGCCCCCAGUCCACCUCUGUCAGACUUCACCUCUGACCCUCAAUCCACCUCCAACCCCCUGAUCCACUUCUGACCCCCGCCUCUCCCAUCCGCCCCCGCCGGAUUUCACCUCUGACUCCCGAUCCACUUCCACCGGACUUCACCUCUGACCCCCGAUCCACCUGCUGCCUUGGGAGGGCCCCCCUGUGUCCUCCACCCCAGCAAGAUGCCGAUCCUCAAGCAGCUGGUGUCCAGCUCGGUGCACUCCAAGCGCCGCUCGCGGGUGGACCUCACGGCCGAGAUGAUCAGCGCCCCGCUGGGCGACUUCCGCCACACCAUGCACGUGGGCCGGGCGGGGGAUGCCUUCGGGGACACCUCCUUCCUCAACAGCAAGGCCGGGGAGCUGGAUGGCGAGUCUGUGGAUGAGCAGGCCCCGUCCUCCUCCUCCUCCUCCUCCAAGCGCAGCCUCCUGUCCCGCAAGUUCCGGGCCAGCAAGCGGUCCCAGUCGGUGACCCGGGGAGACAGGGAGCAGCGGGACGUACUGGGCUCCCUGCGGGACUCGGCCCUCUUCGUCAAGAACGCCAUGUCCCUGCCGCAGCUGAACGAGAAGGAAGCCACGGAGAAGGGCUCCAGCAAGCUGCCCAAGAGCCUGUCGUCCAGCCCCGUGAAAAAGGCCAGCGCAGAGGGCAGCCUAGAGGAGGCGGCGCCUCGGCGGAACGGGGCCGCCGCCCCGCACUCCCCAGACCCACUCCUGGAGGAGCAGGCCUUCGGGGACCUGGCGGAUCUGCCCAUGGUGCCCAAGGCCAGCUUCGGGCUGAAGCAUGCUGAGUCCAUCAUGUCCUUCCACAUCGACCUGGGGCCCUCCAUGCUGGGCGACGUGCUCAGCGUCAUGGACAAGGGGGGCGAGUGGGAGCCGGAGGGGGCACCAGAGGACGGCGAUUACCAUGGUGACGGGGACCCAGCCGGCAUCCCAGCCCCAGUGCCCCGAGCGGCAGGGCAGGAAGGUGAGGGGGGCCCAGACGUGCCCUCCCGCACCCUGCAGGAUGAGGGGUGGGCGGCGGCGGCGGCCCCCAGCCCUGGCUCGGCUCGCAGCGCAGGCAGCCACACCACGCGAGACAGCAGCUCACUGUCCAGCUGCACGUCGGGCGUCCUGGAGGAGCGCAGCCCAGCCUUCCGGGGGCCGGACCGCGCCCCUGCCGCUCUCCCUGCACAGUCGCCCGACCCCGAGUUCUCCUUUAUGGACGAGGAGGAGGAGGACGAGAUCCGAGUGUGAGGCUGCCCGGAGGUGGGGGUCUCUGGGCGUGGUCCCCUCCCUGCCCCCAGCCACGCCGCGGAGGCAGCCAAGGCUUUGACCCUGGGCGUUAUGGAUGAGGGGUGCGCACCGACCCUGGGGGCCCAGGAGGACUUGCAUAUGGCUUGGGUGCCUGACUUUUUUUUUUGCACACCCUGCCCUGCCCCAGAGCUCUUAGGACGGGGCUGCGUGCGUGCAGGAGACACCAGCUCUCCCCGCCCCCCAGGCCUCCUGUGGAUGCUCGCUGGCAACCCGAGUCCCUGCCACGUGCAGCAAUAACGGGGCAGCGGGGGCACCAGGGCUGAGGACAGCUGACUCGCCUCUUUUGUCCCAGCGUUUCUGCCGUGACCGGCAGUGGCCAUCAGAAUAAAUGUUGUGCCAGGUCGUCUGCAACGGGGAACCCCUUGGAGGCAAAGCGGACCUAAAGUGUACACUAAACGCGACCCCUUCCGGGGACGAGAACAGGAUGCAGAACCGAAGGAGCGCUCCAGGCGGCUUGAAUUUUCAAUCAAGACAGGGCCUUCCAGGAUGACAAGAGGCCAGGCCACAGCCCUGACUCUGUCCCUCUGGGUCUGUUGGUUCUUUCUAGAGCAAUACCUGAAGCGGUGUUUCUAGACCCGCCACCAGGAGGAAGACGAACCCUUUUAGAAAAAGACGUUUAUACUAAGUGCUUCCAAACUUUAUUUAGAGCUGUAUGGGGUGGGAGGGGGUGGUCUGCGUGUGUCUUUCCCUGGCCCCCUCCCCCAUAGCUAUUAACAACUGGGCAGGCAGCCAGUGUAGGAAAUUUCUGGAAAAUGAUUAUUAAAAGAGCUGUCAUUCCUAGGGGGGGCGGGGGCGGGGUAUAAAAGCUUUCUUUGAAUUGGGUUGUUCCUUCCCCCUCCCCCAGCCCGGGACUGACUACUUCCCCUUCCUCUCUCAAGCCUCUGACCAGGGAACCCCCUUCCCCACCUCUGAGUCAACAGCCACAAGGGCAGAGUGUUGCCAGAGUUAGCAACAAAACGAAAAACAGAAUGCUGAGUUUAAUUAGAAUCUCAGGCGUGCAGAGGAUACUCUUCUUUAGUGUAAGUAUGCCCUGUGACUGAUUUGGCACAUACUUAGACUAAAAAGUUAGUGUUUUUCGUUCUGAAAUUCAGAUUUCCCUGUGUCCUUGAGUUGAGCUUGGGUGUGAGCCUCCAGAGUUCAAGCUGACUCACCUCCCCGCGUGCCCUUGUAGCCAAGGGAGGGAGGGGGACAGACAGACAGAACCAGCACGGGAUGCAGCCAGGGCAUCCAGGGCGGAGGCAGACAUGCACUCAGACUGUAGCUUAGUUUUUGAAUGGAGGGAGUGCCCUCAGGUGCCCCCUGGUUUCCAGUUGUGCAGCCCCCUGCCCCCCCACCAGCUGCCCUGACACCCAUCUAGACAGUGGUCAGUUCCAGAUUCCAAACUGUAUAUUUUUUUUCUGGGAAAAUGUUAAAAGAGCAAGGAAACAGGAAAAUAAAAGGCUCU